AUGGCGGAUACGAAAGCGCAAGCAGCACAGAAGUUUCCACACGUGAUGCGAUCUAAGUACAAUGACCCCCUCAAACUUCAGUCAUCACUCAACGAGAUUUGUGGCGAAGGAAAUUAUGAGGUAAAGGUGAAAUGGAACCGAUACAUCCUCCUACUUCCCCACCAAAUGAAGGAGACGGAUAUGGCGAAACUCGAAGAAAAAGUCAGGCUACACUACAGAAAUUGA